AUGGCUGAGGCGGUGGUCGACACCCGCCCUUGGGCCGAUGGUCCUUGGGCCCUGAUAGAAACGCCAUCUUUGAAAUCCAACACCGCCAGCCACGAAGCUAUUCACAUCGCUAAUGAGAUGGCCUUUGCACACAAUGCAAUGAUUCGAGGGUUGAAUACACUGUACCACCAGGCGGACCUAUCUGAGACGCAAGAUAUUGCAGACUACUUGUUCUUCCUCCGCAGCUGGGCUACAUGGAUAAACCACCACCACAUCUCAGAGGAGGAAAAGGUCUUUCCAGAAUUCGAGAAAGUCAUAGGCAAGCCCAACUUUUUACAUGAAAAUAUAGAGGAGCAUCACACCUUUCAACCCAUCCUGCAACAGCUACUCCACUACGCCGACACCAAGCCUGAGGAUUACCAAGCCUCGACUGUACGUGGCUUGAUUGAGCAGAUGGCUCCUAGCUUCCGCGAGCAUCUCGCGAACGAAAUUCCCACUCUACUAAAUUUGGCGUCCUACGAUGGUCCUGCUUUACUUAAAGUGUGGAAAAGGUUUGAAGCCGAGGCAGGUAAACAGGAUAAGUUUGUGGUCCCUCCCAUGGUUCUUGGGCUGCGCGAUGUCACCUUCGAGGGAGGAAAUAAUUGGCCGAAUAUGCCGCCGCUUGCUACCCACAUCGUCCAUUACAUCCUUGCACGCAAACAUGCUGGCGCUUGGAGGUUCUUGCCCAGUGAUGCAUGGGGUAAUCCGCGCCCAUUGAAAUUCGCGACUCAGCGCGCGGACCCUGUGGUUGAAUAG